UGACGAUGUUGAAGCGGGCGAGGAUGAUGCUCUGCGGGAUGCCCCACCUGUGCCUGGACACCGUGACAUAGGGCUACGCGUUCAAUAUAUUCGAUGACCCGCCAAGAAAUCACAAAGGGUCUGGCGAACCGAUUCGUCCAUUCGCGAGCGUACAUUGUGCUCUACCUGGGAAUGGCCUGCUUGUCUAUGGUCACUGUCGCGCUGAGCCUGGUGAAUGGCUGCCCGACAUUGCCGUUCUAUAUCUUGGAACUCGUCAUUAAUGGCGCCAUGAUUCUGGAGGUCGCCAUCCGGUUUGUCGCCUUUGGUCGGCAAUUCUGGACGUCCGUUUGGAACGUCAUGGACUUGGUGAUCACAGCAUUCUGUGUUAUCACGCUACUAGUCAUUUUCUUCGCUGGAUGCGGCAGCACCAGCCAGGAAGAAGAGCUCUUCGAUACGAUCCUUCUGGUCGCUCGUAACGCCAUUCAGUUCGGGAGACUGGCGAUCGUCAUGCGACAGUCUGGUCACUCCAUAUUCUCCCAGCCGAAGCCCAUCGACCUCGGUUCCCACCGCGGAGGCUACACCCUGGACAUCGACCUCGAGGACGAAGAGCCGCACUCAGACGAGCUCGGCCGACCGCUGAUCCGCAACCCCGUCGUCUUCGACGCAGGCGAGGAGGCGGCACCCGCCGCCCGAGCCCCACUCUCAGAGAUGCCCCGCGCUGUGCAAGCGGCGCGAGAACGAGAUGACGAAGACCUCUGGGCUGAGCUGGGCUGAGCUGCGGGCACCGCGUGGGCCUGCGAGCGUCCGUCUGCAUGUUAGGCUGUACUAAUCAAUUCACUGUCUGCUUCGAUGUCCACGUCCGAUGUG